AUGGAUCAUCCGAAUAGACCGAUUCAAGGACCGAUUCAUGGAUCCAUGGGACCGAAUGGACCGAAUGGCAUGAGUUUUGCGUCUCCAGAGCCUGUGCAGCCGAAAGCACUGCAGGCAUGCGUAACGUGCAAGAAACAAAAAAGAAAGUGCGAUAAAGUGCUUCCACAUUGUGGCCUUUGCUCUCGAAUGCAACGACACUGUGAUUAUACUGAACAAACUCCUGCUCCUACAGCCGAGGAUAUCAAUGCUUUACGCAUGAAGUUGGUUGAACUUGAAGCCAAAGUUAAUGGUGGAAAUAUGCAUGCGCCUUAUGGUUCCAUGCCUAACAACGGCUCUGAAUAUAUGCAAUCUCAAAUGCCUGCAUAUGUAGAUCCACAAGAAAGCCCGUUUAAUAAUGUACACAAUAAGUUUCCUGUCAUGGCUGUUCUGGAUAACGAAAUCUUCAGGAAUGAAGGUUUAACUAUCCCCAGACCUUCGGUUAACCCACCAACAGAAGUCAAUCAAAUGUUGGCAAGUGGAGCAGCUAUACCUGCUGUCAUCUUAGAAUACUUUGGAACUAUUCAUCACUGCCUUCCGAUAAUCUCUCAUAAGAGAUUAGAACGAACUCUGACUACUCCCGCCCGGGAUAGUAAUGCAGACUUAGUUUUGCUAUUUCUCUGUAUGAAACUCAUCACAUCCAAACCAGUAGAUGGUCAAGGAUGUGGUCAAAAUCCGAUGUACAUCGCUGCAAAGCGUUUUCUUGCAUUACUAGAAGCUUCUGGAAUGGUAUCGUUGAUAUUGUUACAAGCUAGCAUCCUAAUUACUCUUUAUGAGUAUGGACAAGCAAUAUAUCCUGCUGCUUGGAUGUCUGCUGGUUGGUGCUCUCGUUAUGCCGUUUUAUUAGGUAUCAACGAUUUUGAUACCUCUCCUUCAUUGGUUGGCCCUGUUGAUACCUGGACCGAGCAAGAAGAGCGAUAUCGAACAUGGUGGGGUGUUCUUAUACUUGAUAGAAUGGUCUCCAUUGGGAGCAAAAAUCACCGAUUAACUACCCAAGAACCAAAAGAAGAUGACCCCUUACCUGUAGACGAUGUUGCGUGGGAUAGCGGUGAUAUGACUCAAACCAUCCAGAAGCAUGUGUCUACUUUGCUCACCGAGUCUGUAACACCCUUUGCUCGACUUUGUCAAGGAUCUGUGCUUCUGGGAAAUGUUCUUCGUCACCAUUACACUGAGCAAAUUCCAUCAGAGACAGCCCGUUUUGAUAUUGCAUGUCAACUUCUCGAUAAUUGUUCUGUUCUCGCUCGCGAAGUCAAUGAAGAGGCAAUGAUUUCUAGAGAUUAUCUCAUGUUAGCAACCCCACUAGCCAUUAUUUACAGCGCAAUCAUUGCUCUUCUUGGCCCCUAUGCCUGUCUCGCAGGCAAGGUGUGCGGUGCAGGAACUUCCUCCGAAAAAGCUGCCAUGAUCAAUCAAGCCAUCAAAGGUCUAAAAGAUUUCUCAGCUAGCGUUGUUCAAUUUUCCGAGAGUGUCAAUACUCACGCACAAACACAAGCCGAUCUUGAUAAAGUCAGUCCAUUGAUGAUGGAUUCUUUGUGGGCAGCAGGCCAGCAUUACAUGUGGGAAUGGAGAGAAAGCCGUAACCCACAAUCUCAGGAGGCAUUGGAGACUAUCAGAAAUUGUUUAAGAAGAUUUCAGACUAGAUGGAGAAAUGCGGCGGAAUAUUUAAGGAUUUUUGAUGGUCAGGAAUUUGGACAAUUUACUUCUGCGCUAGGAAGUGGCAAGCAGACUAGCGGUAGCUGA